CUGUGCAGCCGUUGUACACGUACGUCCUUUCCGCUCGAACUCUGCGAUCAUACAAACAAACGAUCAUUUCACGGCAAGCUGCGUUCCACAGCCGGUUGUACGAAGGUGCCGUGUGUUCUGGAUGUUUCAUGCAGGAACGCAGAUGUAUUCUACUGACGGCAGCGGGCCUUCUCCUCAUACUAGGAAAUAUUGUGUGUAUGUGGAAGGCCUUUCACUUUAUAAAUUCCUGCGAUGAGCCGCACUACGGGAAACAUUUGGAGACAGAUAAAGGCCCGCUCUUCGAGGAUGACGACCUUAAUGAAACACUCCCAGCCGCCUUCACAGCUGCCCUUCAAGCUUAUCCAGUCGUCCCGACGUCGGUGGUGAAACGAGUACUGAUCGUCACUUACCAGCAGUCUGGUUCCACAAUCCUAGGAGAAUUGCUGACACGUGUGCCGAGGACAUUCUUGCACUACGAGCCCUUCGCGUUCUUCACUCAGGGUGGGCGCAUUCGCCCAAGCAAAGAGCGCUACGCGCUGCAACUCCUCGACGAGCUAGCGAGAUGCCGAUUGUGGAAAGUGCCACUUUACGCGAUGUCGCUGGAUGGCAGUGCUGGUUCCUACAAGUUCAAUCGCUUUCUCGCUGAUGUCUGCGAAGGUGGGGAUUCUUGUUCUUCUCCCAGGUAUGUCUCGUCCCUGUGCCUGCGAGCGCAAACUCAAGCAUUCGAGAUGACAAGACUUUCGGUUAGUCAGGUAGCCGGAUGGAUCCAGCGUAACGCAGACAUUGCAGAGUCCGUUCGAGUGAUACACCUGGUUCGAGAUCCAAGGGAAAUCUACGCCUCUCGUCGAGAUUUAGGCUCGUGUUGGUCCGAUGACGCCUGCGGCAGCGCAAAGACGUUGUGCCCUCAGAUGCGCUCGGACUUGCGCGCCUACGAGGACCUCGCAGAUAUGCUGGGCCCGCACAGGUUACACCGGGUGCGUUUCGAAGACCUGGCCUCCGACACCGUUAACCAGACGAAGAAGCUAUUCGCCAGGCUCGCCCUAGACCUCCAUCCAAACGUGUUGUCGUUCCUGACGCGACAGGGAACUGGGAUCGUUGCGAAACUGGGGAAACAGCAUCGGACCACAAGCAACGCUAGCACAGUCGGAGACAGUUGGAAAACGAGGCUGCCAAAGAAUACCAUUCGCGAAAUCGAGGAGAUGUGUGGCGAUGUUUUGUUAAAGUUGGACUACGAGCGCAUGUUUCAUUCAGUGAACUCAGCUGAGCAGUCCAAUCUCGCUCAAAUACCACCACCACCUAUUUUCGCAAGGUAACAUAAUAAUGAUAAAAUGAUGCAUGAUAGCCGUACAAUCCCAUGAAGCGAUCAUAAACGAAAAGAAGGCACUGCAGGAAAGUGUUGGCUGCCUUUCGGUCUAUAACCUCGUGGUCUACUAGAGAUCGAUAUUAAGUGUGAAUUUAGUGCUGUUAUAUUUCAUCUUAUAUAAGGUGCCUUCGGUUUACGACAUACAAUAUGCGAUAUAAUUGGCGGAACUCAAAGAAGCGUCACAGAAAUUAACUGCUUUUCACGACCGGCAUCAAAAUCACCGCGCAAGUGAUGCACUUUUAUGUGCUUGGAAAUUUACUGGGAAGGUUAGCAUAACUUGUCACCGCCUCUUUCAGUUUAUCCCAACAUGCUAUAUAAUUACUACAAGAGCAUUAUGGUUGCAGUGUUCAAAUUACCGCCGAAGAAAUGCCACAGUGGCUGAUCUAAGCCUAAUAGCCCAUACUUAAACAACAUCGAAGUCGAGAAAGUACCAUUUAUUUUCUUUGUUAGCACCACUACAUAAUGACGGCAAGCAAGCAGAAACUAAACGCAGAAAUAAGGAACAAAACGUAAAACUGUUUAUUUCGGGGUCAUCUGUAGAUAAAUAGUAUCAGUUCAGUAGAGGCAUCAAUAAUACCGGGUGUUUUAUUGAAUAAAAACAUCUUUGUGCAUGAUCACUAUCUCAUAUAAGCUACAAAAUAUGCACAAUGCUUGGACACAAAAUCAUUCUGUAGGACGUUUCAAGUUUAUCGGCAUGCUCAUCAAAAGUGAAA